UUGACAAAUUUCACCCCUUUUUUUCUCGCGUAUCAAAUCCCCUUUUGAACUCAUGAAUUAGUCCCCUUUUUCUGGCGGAUUAAAUUAAGUGGUAUCAAUCCAGCAAAGACACCCUGAGAUGAAAGCUAAACUUCGUCCAGCCAAAGAUAUAAUCAGUACCCUUCCUCAGAACAUAAUAGAAACCAUCUUGUGUCAUAUGCAUAUAAGAGAUGCAGUAAGGACUAGCGUUCUCUCAAAGAGUUGGAGGUAUAGUUGGACCCGAAUUUCCAAACUUGUGUUUGAUGAGGAUACAUUUGAAGACGUAACUGGUAGCAGUUAUCUGUCUGAUUUGGAGGGACAAGCUGAUAGUUGGGCUCUCGGAAAAUGUAAUUUUCUUUCUGCUAUAUACCAAGUUUUGCUAAUGCACCGGGGUCCAAUACUUCGCUUCACCUUUCACAUGGAGGUAGAUUCAAACUGUUUUGAAAUUGAUCAAAUAAUACUUCAUUUGUCAAGGAGCAAUACCGUCACCGAAUUGAAGCUUUUGCUGAAUAGAUGUUGUGAUGAAACAUACGUGUUGCCAUUCUCUAUCUACUCAUUGCAUCGGUUAACGUAUCUACAUCUCAUUUAUUAUAAGCUGAUAUGCUUACCAUUCUCUGAAUAUUGUAAGCUGUUGCAGUCUGUAUAUAAUUACUAUGAUGAACACAUCCCCUUUAUUGAGCUAUUGGAGUGCUUACGAUUGGUUGAACAUCUGACAAUUGCUAAUGAAUGGAUUGACAUGCUAUUUAUUGAGACAAACCCCAUUAAACUGGAAGGUUAUUCUGAUAUUCGGCUAGAGCAUCUGUAUGAAUUGAAGAUUGAAUAUUUUGCCAACUUGAGUACUGAGUUGGAGUUUGUGAAGCUAAUCUUGGCCAAGUCACCUCUGCUAAAGAAGGCGAAAAUUGUCCUCAACACAAAGGUUACAAAGGAUGAAGUAUUAAGAAUUCUCUUAAACUCUCCAAGUGUAUCACCCGUGGUAGAAAUCACUGUGGAGCGCCGAGCCGCCGAAUUGAAGUUGACUUGAAUGAUGUAGCCAAUUCGCUUCACAUCCUUUUUUUGCCCACUGAAAAACUGUCCUGUUUUUUUCCUUGUAUGGUAGUAUC